AUGUUAGUAAGAAUCCACUGUGAAAAGCAACCCUAUGAAUGUAAAGAAUGCCAGAAAACUUUUCGCUACUCCUCGGUGUUGCAGAAGCAUCAACGAAUUCACACUGGGGAGAAACCUUUCAAGUGUCAGCAGUGUGGCCAGUGCUUUAACCAGCUGUCCAAUUGCAGACAACAUUUCAGAAUUCACACAGGAGAGAGACCCUACCGAUGCCAGCGUGGGAAUCUGAUCAUCCACCAGCAAAUCCACACUGGAGAGAGACCUUACCAGUGUGCCCAAUGUGAUAAAUCCUUUAAAAAAAUCUCAACAUCUCUGGAACACCAGAGAAUACACACCCUGGAGAAGCCUCAUGAGUGCAAAUGCUGUGGCAAGAGCUUCCGGAACCUCUCCAAUUUCAAACGACAUGAGAGGACACACACGGGAGAGAAACGCUAUACAUGUGAACAGUGCCACAAGUCCUUCAAACACAGCUUCACCCUUAGAAGUCACCAGAGAAUCCACACCGGGGAAAAACCUUAUGAGUGCAAACACUGUGGUAAAACCUUCUGUUUUAUAUCCAACUUGAAAGAACAUGGCAGGACACACACAGGAGAGAAGCCAUUCACAUGUGAACAGUGCCAGAAAUCUUUCAAAUACAGCUCCAACCUCAGAGCUCACCAGAGAAUCCACACUGGGGAGAAACCUUAUGAAUGCAAACACUGUGGUAAGACUUUCCGGGAAAACUCCGACUUAAAACGUCAUGGGAGCACACACACGGAAAAGAAGUGCUACAACUGUGAGCAGUGCCACAAAUCCUUCAAACACAGCUUCACUCUUAGAAGGCACCAGAGAGGCCACACUGGGGAAAGACCCUACAAAUGCCAAUCAUGUGGCAAAUCAUUUAUACACAGCUCAUAUCUGAGGAAUCAUGAGAAAAUCCAUAUGCCAAAAGAACCCUAA